UAUAAAUGGGCUGGGAAAUGUCAGGCUUUCUCAGCUCCCAGGUGCAUGAAGCAGGGACAUCCAAGAGGAUGAUGGCAGCUCACUUCUUGCUGCAAUUCCUCCUCUUCGGGACUCUGCUCGUCCCUGCGUACCUGCAGAUGGAAGGAUGUGAGUUUGUCAAGGAUCUCUCAGUUGAGAGCAACUUCUCAGUGAUCGUGACGCCCAAGGAGUACAUGGCCAACACAAGCUACCAGGUUAUGAUAAGUGAUGAAGGAAACCACACUGCUGACAGAAAUGUGACCAUGUAUGUACUUCAAGCCUUGUCCCCUGAAAAUACCACUGCAGGAAAAUGGAGCGUAACAGACGUGCUAAGCUGCAAUGAUGUUGACACAGCAAUGUUAAAUGCCUCCGAAGAUCUGUUGGCAACAGCAAACUGGACAUCUCCAAGCAGUAACAUACCUUCCGUGGAAAUAAGGGUAUACAUAAUCUUUGACAACACUUCCACCGAGUUCAAGAGUGUGACUCUGCAGGAAGAUCCAGCCACACCCUCGACAACCAUCGACUCUGUCUCUGCAAUCCAGAGCAGCUUCUUCUUCAUCGCCAUCACUCAGCUGCUGAUGCUCCUCACUACAAGCAAACUGCUCUCUUAGGAGAUGGGGAGAGGAGAUGACCCAGCUGUGCUGCUCCUCUCCUCACCCACAGGUGGGAGGGCAGGCAGCUGAUCUACUCAGGAAAAUCACUCACUUCUUAUGCAUAUUAAGAUGAUAACUGCAUUUCUACAUUAGAUUAUAAGGGUUUAUGGCCACAGAGCUGAUCUCCCCUUACUCCCCUCACCCAGGGCCAGCACACGCUGCAAAAUUAGCAAGUCAGAGAUCACUCUGAUCAGAACAGCUGGAGAAGGUGAUUGAGGAGGGCAGACCCCUUCUAACCAGGGGCACUGGGUGGGUUAAUCCUUUCCUCAGCUCCUGGGGUCCUGUGAAGCACAAAAAAAAAAAAAGCAUGAAAAUGCUCAAGAGAAGGGAAAGGCCCUCUGCUCAUCCUAAUACUGGUGUGUGCUGAGGAGCUGGAAGAGAGGUCUGUGAGCCACCGGCAGGGCAGAGUUGUUCUGUGUCCUGGCAAGUUCCCUCGGUUUGGUUCUGGCUCUCUGGAAUGGUGGAGUGGGUGGGUUUUUUUUUUUGUUCUCUUUUUUUUGUUUUUGUUUUUAAUCAGUAGCAGUUUCUGCUGCAGGAUGAGAUUGGAUGGGCCACUGAAUGUCUUGAUUUUAUUAUCGUUUGUAUUUUUAUAUGGAUGGAGUUUAUGAAGGAAAUUUCAAACUUC